UUAGAUCUGCAGUUGUUGAGCGCCUCCACCCUGCAGCAGGAGCAGUGAACACACACUCGGUUCCACUGACCUCACCUUAGUUCUGCUCACCUGCACAGUUCAGCCAUGAGGUGGCGCUCGUCUCAUCUUCCUCUCCUCCUCGUCCUCCUCCUCUCUCUCCUCACACUCACGCCCGCGAAAAGUGAAAGUACAACGUCGGAGUUCAGAAUCUGUUCGUACAACAUACAAAAGUUCAACAAGGAAAAAGCUAAGGAUUACAGAAUGAUGAACACUCUGACCCGGGUGGUGUAUCGCUGUGACAUCUGUCUCCUGCAGGACGUUGUUGAUCCUGAUGGUUCAGUGAUUAAAGCUCUGCUGAAGUCCAUCAACAGCAUGGAAUCUGAAAGGUACGACGGAUUUGUCUACAAGUCUGUGUCCAGUAAACCUCUGGGGAAAUCUGCCACUGACAUGCAGAAGUACGUCUUCAUCUACAGAGAACAGACGGCGAGUGUGAUUGGUCAACAUCAGUACGAGAGCAAACCACAAGUUUUCACCAGGGCACCGUUCGCCGUUCACUUCCAGAGCAUGAAAACCAGAGUCAACAAGUUUGUUCUGGUUCCUCUUCACUCUGAUCCAGCUCAGGCCGUUCAGGAGAUGAACCAACUGUACGACGUCUUUGAGACGGUGACCAAGCUGUGGGACAACUUGAAUGUGAUGUUCCUGGGAGAUUUCCACGCUGGUUGUGCGUACAUGAAGAAGACCGACAAGAAAAACAUCAAACUCUUCGCUAACACCUCGUUCUCGUGGCUGAUCGGAGACAAAGUGGACACGACCGUCCGUGAGGACACCAGCUGUCCCUUUGACAGGAUCGUGGUUCAUGGGAGGGUGUUCCUGAAGGCGGUCGUUCCGUACUCCGCUAAGGUCUUCAACAUCGGAAGAGAGCUCAAGAUCCAAAGGAAAAGGGUGCGGAAGAUGAGUGACAACUUACCUGUGGAGGUGAGACUGAAGAGCUCCGCCCUCCUCCUUCAGGCCACGCCCCUGCUGUUCCUCCUCGGCGUCGUCCAGCUCCUCCGGUCUCUGUGAGCGAUGUGUCGUGAAGGUCAAGUGACCAGUGUUUCACAUGAGUCACGUGGUCACUGAGAUGUUUUUUUACGAUCUCUGACGUCGUCUCGUUGAACUGUCAUGGCGACAGAAUCAUUUAAAACUCUGACAAUGACGUGGUUCUUCACGCUGUGUGACCUGAUGAAUGAAUGAAUGAAGAUUUAAACGUGUCUGGAUUAUUAUUGUUAUUAUUUCUUAGGUAAAUUUGAUUUGUUUUUAUAACAAACAUUAUUUUAUUUUAUAUUCCUCCUCAUUCUGUUUUUGUCUCUGUACAGAAUCUGAUGUAAAUAUUUGAGAAAUGACUGUUUUUAAUAAUCAAUAAAGUUUUCUGUAUUCAAA